AUGAGCUUCGCCGAAGUCGUGCAGCCCACGAUAGACCUCGCCGAGAACGGCUUCCCGCUCUACGACGGCCUCCAGCAGCGCCUCGCCUCCGACUUCACCAAGUACACUGAGUUGUACCCCACGACCGGCGAGAUAUACUUCCGCAACGGAAGCGCGCCUCAGACCGGCGAGCUCAUCCGCAACCCCGACUUCGGCGCGAUGCUGCGCUCACUCUGCAAAGCCGAGAAGCAGGCACAGGGCAACGGACGCAUUGCCGGCAUCGAAGCCGCCUGCGACGAAUACUACAGGGGCGCGGUUGCGGAGAAGAUAGUCGAAUUCAUCAACGACAAUCCCGUCGAGGACGCGAGCGGCGUUGAACACAAGGGCAUGCUGACCGUCGAAGACUUCGCCGAAUGGCAUGCCACCGUCGAGCAGCCCGUCUCACUAGACUACAACGGCUUGGAUGUCCAUAAGUGCUCGACUUGGACGCAGGGCCCGCUCUUCCUUCAGCAGCUCGCCAUCCUGAAAACAAUGGACAUCGACACGCUCGGCCACAACAGCGCCGAUUACCUGCACACUUGGAUAGAGUCCGCAAAGCUCGCAUUCGCCGACCGCGAGGCAUACUACGGCGACCCCGCGUUCGACGAAGUGCCCAUCGACAUGCUGCUGUCCGACGACUACGCCAGGACGCGCGCAGGGCAGAUAGGCGCUCUCGCUUCCCGCGAGAUGCGUCCGGGCGAUCUCGGCGGUGGCGCCCCGGAAUACACGUCAUCGGUGUCGCUGAAGACAACCGCGCCGCGCUCGGCAUAG